UUACACAAUGAUAUUUUGAAACUUUUUUUGGCCACGAAUACAGAUAACAACUUGGGGAAACAAUUAUGGAAUGAAAAGCUUGGCAGAUGUGACUUCACAUUGGCUUUUAUGUUCUUGCUAAAUGUUAAAAGUGCAUCUGUAGUUCAUAGCUACCUUUGGACAGAACGUUUCUCAGAUAUGCAGAGCUAUAUUAAUAGGAUGAGAGACUUCAUCAGUUUAAUCAUUUGGGGCCAGGCUGGAGGAUCUUCUACUUUCUUGAGUCGUUCCAUUGAUCUUGCAUUUAUCCUUUUCAAGCAUGACCAGUAUGGUGCUGCUGAGCAAUUGCUUAUGAUGGUGGAGGGCCAUUUGCUAAAGGAGAAGACAUCCCAUAGUAUUCAAGACACUGACGGCGGAUGGUGCAUACGUCAUCAUCUUCUAGGAUGUUGUCUACUUGCACAGGUGCAGGGUGGAUUGCAUGCGACAAAGAAAGAUAAAAAAGUUUCUGAUGCCAUUCGCUGUUUCUUUAGGUCUUCAUCUGGAAAUGGUGCAUCUGAGGCUCUGCAGAGUUUAUCUGCUGACAUAGGAAUUCCAUAUCUUGGUUUCAGUGGUUAUACAUCAAUUGCUAUAUGGAGGCUUCAAUACUAUCAAUGGGCUAUGCAGUUAUUUGAACGUUAUAAUGUGAGUGAAGGUGCUAGCCAGUUUGCUCUUGCUGCUCUUGAGCAGGUUGAUGAAGCUCUACAGACGCAAGAUGAAAAGUGCAUUGGAAGCUCAGUUAAUGAAUCAGUGACAACCAUCAAGGGACGACUGUGGGCGAAUGUUUUCAUAUUUGCAUUAGACCUUGGUCGGUUUCAUGAUGCAUAUUGUGCAAUUAUUUCAAAUCCAGAUGAGGAAAGCAAAUACAUCUGCUUGAGGCGGUUCAUAAUUGUUCUUUAUGAACAAGGUGCUAUAAAGAUUCUUUGCAGUAAUAAACUUCCCCUUAUUGGUUUAGUAGAAAAAGUAGAACAAGAACUUGCUUGGAAGGCUGAACGAUCAGACAUUUCGGCAAAGCCAAACUUGUAUAAAUUGCUCUAUGCAUUUCAAUUCCACCAGCAUAAUUGGCGACGAGCAGCAAGCUACAUAUACUUGUAUUCAGCUCGUUUGAGAACUGAAGCAGCUUUGAAAGAUAACCAAGGCAGUUCCAUGAUUUUGCAAGAGAGGCUGAAUGCGCUCUCUGCUGCAGUCAAUGCAUUGCAUCUUGUUCAUCCUGCAUAUGCCUGGAUUGAUCCAUUGGCUGAGAGAAGUUCUCCUUUGAGCGAACAUAAUCCAACUAAGAAAGCUAAAAGAACGCCAGAUGAGCACACCGAUAAUGAUGCUGAGCCUCAAAGCUGGCAGUCCUCUAUUGAUAUUGAAAAACUUGAGGACGAGUAUGCACUUACUUUAGCGGAGUAUAUGCUAUCACUGGUAAACGUGAAAUGGGCAUUUUCUGGUAAACAUGGAGCCCUAUCAGAGUUGGCUGAUCUUCUUGUCCAAAACAAUUUGUAUGAUAUGGCUUUUACGAUCCUUCUCAGAUUUUUCAAGGGUUCUGGACUGAAGAGGGAACUGGAAAGAUGUUUAUCUGAUAUGGCAUUGAAAUGCUGUUUUGAUAAAGUCGAAUCCAACUGGGUUGAGGAACAUGGUCAUUUGUUGACAUCAUCAAAGCUUGAGAUGGUUGUCCAUGGUUCACCUGUUAGACUUCCAACAGCUCCACAAACUGACAGAAAUAGUCGAUGGGCCACUCUCAAGCUUUACCUUGAAAAGUAUAAGGAAUUUCAUGGUAGAUUACCAGUUAUUGUUGCUGAAACUCUUCUACGUGCAGAUUCUAAGAUUGAGUUGCCUUUAUGGCUUGUUCAAUUGUUCAAGGAGAGUCAAAAAGAUAGAAUGUGGGGGAUGACUGGCCGGGAAUCAACUCCUGCAUCUUUAUUUCAGCUUUAUGUUAACUAUGGUCGAUAUGCAGAAGCUACCUAUCUUUUACUAGAGUACAUAGAAUCAUUUGCUUCAACGAGACCGGCAGAUAUAAUUAGAAGGAAAAGACCAUUUGCUGCUUGGUUCCCAUACACAACAAUUGAGCGGCUUCUUUACCAACUUGAGGAAUUAAUCAGAACGGGUCACAUGGUUGAUCAGUGUGACAAGCUCAGAAACAUGUUGCAUGAUUCUUUGCGGAAUCAUCUGAAGACGUUGAAGGUGGAUUCAGAUGAUGCUAUUUCUGUAUUGUCUUGAUGUUCACUUAACUGGUCAAAGAUAGUAGAGGGAGAGAUGUCUAUUCACAGUGCUCUUGAUCCCUUGCUUUGUGUUUAACAGUGUAUGAUCCUUUGAAAAGGCCUUGGCAUGGAAUGUUAACAUUUUGGGAUGGAAACUCAGCAGUAGAGGAUAUUUCCUCGUUAAACAAAACUAGCCCUUCUCCUGCCACAGGAAUUAACAAAAAUAACCGAUGAUGGCCUAUUAACAUGAAUUGAAGAUGUAGCACUAAGAAUCAGCAUCCAUGAAUACCAGUAUAAAAUUUGUACAUGCUUUCUAUUCUAUACAUGAAGAUAUACUUAUGUUGGACAAGAUUGACGCGGUGUUUGGUGUGUCCUGUCCACAGGGGCAAUAUGUCAGGGAAUUUCACUAUAUAGAAUUAGUGGAUGAUUGCUGCCCCACCCCAAGUACACCAUCUUAAAUUCAAUUAGAGAAUUGCAGGAUCUAGUAUGGUUUAAUUUUUUGAUCAUCUUGUAAAGAUUUUUUUUAAGAAAA